GGAGUUUCGUCGCGAUGCUCGCUCAAACUUGGUGGUUGAUCUUGUACCUGACUGGCGCCAUCGCCAUGAAUGGUGGUUCUUUCAGGGAAGACGCAGAACUGUUGGUCCCGGAGCUGAUCGUCAAGUACGGGUACAAGGGUGAGGAUCACUCGGUGAUCACCGAGGAUAGGUACGUGCUGAAGAUGUUCCGGAUAUUGCCGAGGCGACAAACGAUCGCCAAGAAGAAGCCUGUGCUGUUAGUUCAUGCCCUGCUGGCCAGUUCCGCGGACUAUGUAAUCAGUGGUCCUAACAACAGUCUGGCGUACCUACUGUCCGACAACGGUUACGACGUCUGGUUGGCGAACCUGCGAGGAUCGCACUACUCCAAGCACCACCUCAAGCUACCAGUCGAGUCCAAAGAGUACUGGGACUUUUCCUGGCACGAAAUGGGCUACUACGAUCUACCGGCCAUGAUCGACCACAUGUUGAGCGUAACCAACGCCAAGAAGUUGUUCUACAUCGGACACUCGCAAGGUGUUACGCUGUAUUUCAUAAUGACCGCAACUCGUCCGGAGUGCAACGAAAAGGUCGCCCUCAUGACCGCCCUCUCGCCGGCAGUUUUCUGGAAGCACGUUCGAAGUCCUAUUCUAAAGAUGAUAAAGCCCUUGGUACGACCCGGUACCGACACGAUCAGGAACAUCCUCAAUGCGUUGAAAAUCUUCGAGUUCCUGCCCUACAACGAAGCUGGCCUUAGAAUUGUUCAACCUCUCUGCCGACCCGAGGUGAGACAUAACGUGUGCAUUCAAAUGCUUGGAGUCUUGGCCGGUCCACACCCAGACGGAACUGAUCCGGUAGGUGUAGAUACUUCCAUCCUAAUAUUUCAAGAUUCUCACUUCUAUCCACUGUUACAGAAUUUGAUCCUGUCAUAUCUAGGUCACAUUCCACAGGGUGCAUCCGUCAAGCAGGUGUUACACUUUGCUCAGUUGGCUAGCAACGGAGGAAAAUUCCGUCGGUUUGACUAUGGCCGGAGGGGUAACCUGCAAAACUACGGCCGUCCGGAACCUCCGCCAUACAAUCUGACUGCAUCAACCGCUCCAGUUCUAAUCUACUACGGAUUGAACGAUUGGUUAGUCCACCCUAAGGACGCCCAAAAGCUGCCCUCGAUACUGCCAAGUGUGAUUGCCGCGAUUCCAGUCGACGACCGGAAGUUCAACCACGUGGACUUUGUGUUGGCGAAGAAUGUCCGCGAGGUGCUCUACGAGAAGAUUUUAAAAAUGCUGGGACAAGUUUGACUAAUAAAAUAUUGUACUC